ACCUGACGCCGGGGCGGGGCCGGGGGCGGUGUCGGGCAGUGAUUGGCCCUGCCUGGCGCGCCCCCGCGAUGCGGCGGACUGCGGCGCUCCGCAGACCUGAGCAGUCGCUCGGCGGAGCUUCGGGAGGGAGCCAGAGUAAAUUCCUAGAGGAAUUACCAAGCUUGCCUGCGCUCACCUGGCCAACCCCGAGGCCCGCCCCUUCUCUCGGCAGCCUGGGGCCCGGCCCGGUCACCAUGGCGCUGCCUCCAGGCCCAGCCACCCUCCCGCACUCACUGCUGCUCCUGCCAGCCCUUCUGAGCUCAGGUUGGGGGGAAUUGGCACCACAAAUUGAUGGUCACACCUGGGCUGAGCGGGCACUUCAGGAGAAUGAACGUCACGCCUUCACAUGCCGGGUGACAGGGGGGCUUGGCACCCCCCGACUGGCCUGGUACCUGGAUGGACAGCUGCAGGAGGCCAGCACCUCGAGACUGCUGAGUGUGGGUGGGGAGGCCUUCUCUGGAGGCACCAGCACCUUCACUGUUACUGCCCAGCGGGCCCAGCAUGAGCUCAACUGCUCCCUGCAGGACCCGGGCAGUGGCCGGUCAGCCAACGCCUCCGUCAUCCUCAAUGUGCAAUUUAAGCCGGAGAUUGCCCAGGUUGGGGCCAAGUACCAGGAAGCUCCGGGCCCAGGCCUCCUGGUUGUCCUUUUUGCCCUGGUGCGUGCCAACCCACCUGCCAAUGUGACCUGGAUUGACCAGGAUGGGCCAGUGACCGUGAACGCCUCCAACUUCUUGGUGCUGGAUGCCCAGAACUACCCCUGGCUCACCAACCACACGGUGCAGCUGCAGCUGCGCAGCCUGGCACACAACCUCUCGGUGGUGGCCACCAACGAUGUGGGUGUCACCAGCGCCUCGCUUCCGGCCCCAGGGCUCCUGGCCACCCGGGUGGAAGUGCCACUGCUGGGCCUCGUUGUGGCUGGAGGGCUUGCCCUGGGCACCCUGGUGGGCUUCAGCACGUUGGUGGCCUGCCUGGUCUGCAGAAAAGAGAAGAAGACCAAAGGCCCCUCCCGGCGCCCAUCUCUGAUCUCUAGUGACUCCAAUAACCUGAAACUCAACAACGUGCGCCUGCCGCGGGAGAACAUGUCCCUGCCGUCCAACCUGCAGCUCAAUGACCUCACCCCGGAUUCCAGAGGGAAACCCACAGAUGGGCACGUGGCUCGGAACAACAGCCGGCCGGAGCUUCUGGACCCAGAGCCCGGCGGCCUCCUCACCAGCCGAGGCUUCAUCCGUCUCCCAAUGCUGGGCUACAUCUACCGGGUGUCCAGUGUGAGCAGUGAUGAGAUCUGGCUGUGAGCGGCAGGCGAGACGGGGGCUUGCUUGGCCAUGUUGCGCCACCAAGAGGUCAUACCCCUGCCACUUCCCUUGCCCUCUGUGUCAUCCACAUGAGGAUGGGACACCCUCUGUGUCAUCCACAUGAGGCACUUCACUGGGAUGUGCCCCUCAGAGGCACAGGUGUCCUUGGCAAGGCUGCCCUCUGGACCUAAGCCCCUUGUUCUAACUUGGGGUGGGGACCUGCAUGUGACACCUGUGCCCAGGUGAAGAACUCCGUCUGGGUGUGCUCAGAGGCCCUCCAGCGUCUGUGUGGCGUGGCCCUGUUGACUUGGGCCUGCUCUGUGCCCCAUACCAAUACUCAGCACCUUAUACAGCAGGCAUGGUGGGCGUCCCUGGCUGGGGGACACAGAGAGCCCUGCACGUCUUAGAUUUCCUUCCCAUGCUACACAGCUUCGUUCCCUUGGGGAACAUUUAGAACCCCGCUCGCUGCACAGAGCCUAGCUGCCCUCCGCACGGGGACCAACCCCUGGCCCAGAGGUACUGGCCAAGCACAAACUAGUCCCUCUUGCUGCAUACCUCGCUGCCCUUCUCUGGCCCCGUCUCCUUUUGGGCUUCGUAGGUUAUAUACUGGGCUUUCCCAUUUCUUCACUGGGCAGUGGGCAUCUCCCCUGGCCUGGCCUCUGGUGGUGCCAGUGCCUGGUGUUAGCACAAGUCAGAAGGACUAGAGGGAGGUGAGUCUGGUGGCCUCCAGGACAGCAUGUAGCUGUGCAUCUUUUUCUUACAGUGUUAGCACUUUAAGCACAUAUCCUGGGGAGGGGUGAGCGGGGGCCCCAGGGCCCCCUCUGUGGCUUCCCCCGUCUGGCCUCCCCGUGAUUCACUGUGAGUACCCUGAGCCCUCCCAACAUGCCUCCCCCACCACAGAAGGACCAAAGCUACCUGCCCCAUCAGCAGGAAGCUGCUCCUCGAAGUGGAUGAGCACAUUAGGGGACGUGUUGGGGGAUGGUCCUAGCAGCACAUUAAUUUAAUAGGGCCGGAAGCUUUAGGGGACGUGGAGAAAGGGAUACCACAUACUGCAGAACGACCCAGGGACUCUUUGAAAAACAAUAUAGAAAUGAUAGCAAAUAUAGUGCAGAGUAUAGUUUUCCCUUGUUGAUACCUUGUUUUGUAAUUUUUCUCCUGUUACUGCCUAGGACAGUGCUAAUUAGGCACACAGUACACUCAAUAAACUUCAUUGAGUGAA